AUGAUUCCGCAUCGAACUGUUCGGCGGCGUGCAGCAGUAGCAACCAGCUGUUCUCAACGCGGUGUACUAAAGUGUAAACGUUCGAUGACAUUUGGUGCUGCAGUGCUGCUGUUGGCAGCAAUGGCUCUAAUGUGUCUGAUCAACGUGACCGUUGCAGAGGCUGUAGACAAAAUGGCAGAUACACCGAGCAGUGAAGAAGCGACCGUAGAUGGAGAGCAAUUCAUGCCACAGGCACUCUCGCUGACAACACUUCUCUCGGAGGAUCCAACGGCUGAAGCAUUGCAGCCGGGCCACACCGAUGCAUCACUGCAGCCCCUGUCGGAGCACAACCCUUCACCCUCGUCACCAGACGUACCCGGUGCAGACGGACGACGGCGGCGUCGGUUGGGCAGAAAGCGAAAGCGUCGCCCGCUGCAGGACGACUACUGGCCACCGGCAGUACCGGAAGAUAACGAUACGGAGUCGAACGGUUUCUCCCCGACUGCAGCCUCCGGGCGUGUAUCGGAUCGAAAACGUUUAGCCUACGCCGCCUCCCGCUGGGAAGAGCCGGCCCAGAGGGUGGCUCUCGCACGGCCAGCCACCCGAUCGAACGCGAACCAUCACCAGCGACCGGGCGAUUGGAUGCACAACCCAUACACCGAUGCGAUUAACGUGGAACAGCCGCCGGCUACGGUGAGACGGCUCCCAGGUGGACAAUCCACCUCCUCAUCGGCACCGGCCGGAAAUUUGUCACCUAUUGAUCCGAAUAGGUCGCGACGAAUUGCCGGCGGGCGACCGACGGAACAGCCACCGACCAAUGGCAAAGCAUACCGGAAGCCAUACUCACAGGCACGGCGUACCGAGGAACCUUCGUCACCCGGUGACGCCGGUGGUUCGAGUGAGGCCGGCAAGGUUCCCGUAUCGGCAACCGAUCUUAAGGCGCUGCUAAAACAAUCCGACGGCCUUAGCCUGAGUGAGAUACUGCAGCAGCGUAACAUCUCCCUGCAGGAUCUUAUCAAAGGCAAACAGAUGGCGCUGGCCGCACUGACGCAGAGCCCACUGGACGCAACAACAACGAUGACAACGAUGGGAGACGAAUCGUCCACGACUCUGUCGCCGACACUUUCGAGUGUACGGUUUCGGGUGCACGAUGACAGCGUUACCGGGCGGCCAGAAGCUUCCGGCGAUACGGGUACCGCAACGCCACCGACGACAAGUACGGUGAUACCAGCUAACGACUUGCUAACGACUUCCGGCUUUAAUGGUCAUCUACCGAGUGCAGUGGAGGAUGAAUCCAACAAUGCGGUCGGUGACGAUAUUGGCCAUGGUGUCGGGAACAUUUUCCCGACCGUUGAAAUUAAACAGCUUGCACUCAACCCGGUACUGCCCAUGCACAAGGACGAACAGCGCAUCCGUCCGAUAAAGGGUGUCGCCUCUCGGAUACGGCCCGACCUGAGCAACACACACAUCCGGACUGAACCGGGCCAGGUAGCCCAGAGAGUCCGUUUGCCCGCUGCGACCACAACCACCGGCAGUCCAACGGUUGGUCCAACGAAUCCUUCCUUACUGCUGAUGACAUCAACCACAAGGGAAAGGUGGACCCCGUCCGCCGCACUCGCCGGACAGCGUCAGAAGUUCCAAACCACGGGAAAACAGUUCCACACCGGAAGGUAUGGCCCGGGUACGACGUUACCCUCCGGCUUUAGCUCAACCGCAUCGGAGAGUGAUAGUUCUCCGCUAGCGCUCACGACGACGCUGGUUGGCACAACGACCGAACCACCGUCGGCCAAAAAGCUCGUACGCGUUAAACUUAGCUCAGCCGAAGCCACCUCCAUCCUGCCGGAAGCGGAAGCGAUGGUGGAGUUAUCGCCCGAGCGUCAGCUUCAUCAACAUCUGCUACGUGUACCGAAGCUGAAGCCCCGAAUUGCCAUCAAACCGAGGCUAACGAAUGUGGUGCCCCCGACAUUACCUGCCGAAGCACCAUCCACUACCGUGCCACCAUCGUCGCCUCCGACCAGGGCUGCAGAAAAGGAUCGGUUCAAUCUGUCUGAUGUUGAGCUGGGCGAUGACAGUACCGGGGAGGGAUCCGUUACCACGAGCACGGCCAGCAGCAAGCAGGGCCGUCAGCAGCGUUUAAACGAUGAUCUGGAGGACAGCGAAGAGCCAGGAUUGAACAUUAUCGAGAAGUUUACCUCGUUUGCGGAUGCUGCUAUGCCCGCGACACAGGAAGAACGUGAUUCCGAACAAGCCGCGGUGGCCGAUUUGAUUGGACGCAUAAGCGAACACACGCAGCGCUCGUUUACGGACAGCCUGGAGGAUCUCUACCGUGACGUCACGGAGAGUAAUCCUUCGCUGUUUAACGAUCUCUCGCCCAUCGCGAGUGCCGACGAUCGGCGCGAACUUCUCGAGCUGAUGGAGGAUCGCCGCAUCGGAUCGCGUCUUGCCAAGGUGCUGUCGCAGCGUAACAUGACACUGGAGCAGCUGCUAGAGCAUCGACGCCGCGGUUCCAGCCAGCUCCAUCUGGCGGAAAUAGCAAACGGCAAGGUGAAACCGAUCGACGACAAGAUCGACAUUGUGACAGCGUUCGAACACUUCCCACGCUUCAACAUCGGUAAUCUGCGCAGCAUCCGGCCCGAUGACAUCAAGCUGGACUCGCAAGGGUUUAGCUACUUCACCUCCAUCAUCAACAUCCGACCGUCGGAUGAGGCGUACAAGGAGGCCCGCGCACUCCAAGAUCGACAUCGCUCCCGGCGCCCGGCGUCCCCCGGCAAUCAUCGCGGUGACACUCAUUUUUUAGUGAAAGGCGGAUCGAAGGAUAGGCUGCUCGUGCCUUCGAAAAUGUCCGCCGGUAUGGAACACGCGUACGGCAGCAACAGCGAAAACUAUGAUCAUCAGGAAGAUCACCGCAACGAGGUGGGCGAUCUGCUCGACCUGGAACUGUCCGGGCACGGGUUUCAGCAUCACCGGAGUGCAUCGGUAACGAUCGAAAGCACCUCGAUGCCGGUCGGGGUACGGUCGGCCAUCGUCGCCAGCUCGGCGAUCGUGGGCGUUUCGCUCGUGAUCUUCAUAGCCAUAUUCGUGGCCUGUCGGUUGCGGCAGCGACGCCGCCAGAAGCUUAACUACACCGAAAAUUUCAACAUGGCGAAGGGUCGUCUGCCGAUUCUGCACGGAUGCGAUCAGGAAACGGUACGCAAGAGUUGUACCCCCUCGGUAUCCGGACGAUCGAGCAGUUUGGGCGAGCAGGUCGUGUAUACAACCCACCGAGCACUGGCCGGUACCAGUGGAAGUACGGCGGGUAAUAACGGUGCGACGACAACGGCAGCGACGUCGACGACGACCAGCAGACAGCGAGCGAUGAUGGAUCCCAACUCGGUUGAGGUGCAGGAUUAUCUUUGGGAUCGGAAACCAUUCCAGUAA